CCGCUACCGGCAGCCACCGCCCUCCCGGUGCAGCCAUGAGCCGCCGUGACCGCGACCCCGGGAUGCCGCCGCCCCUCACCGUGGCCCCGGGGCGGCUGGCGGCGGCGGCGGCGGCGCGGGGCGCGGAGCGGGAGGAACUGGCGGCGCUGAACGAUCGUUUCGCCGCUUUCCUGGAGCGGGUGCGGGCGCUGGAACGGCAGAACGGGACCCUCCGCGCCGCCCUGGGCCGCGCCACCGCCGCCACCGGGCCCCGCACCGGGCUGGUGCAGGGGGAGCUGCGGGGGCUGCGGGAGCGGCUGCAGCGCCUCGGCCGCGACCGGGACCGGCUCCAGGCUGAGCGGGACGGGCUCGCCACCGACCUGGCGGCCCUGCGGCAGCGGCUGGAGGACGAGACACAGAAGCGUGAGGAUGCCGAGAAGAGUCUGGUGCUGUUCCGCAAGGACGUGGACCACGCCACGCUGUCUCGCCUGGAGCUGGAGCGCAAGGUCGAGCUGCUGAUGGACGAGAUCGGCUUCCUCAAGAAGCUGCACGAGGAGGAGCUGCGGGACCUGGAGGUGAGUGGCCCCAGCCCGGCGGGGCUGGCCGAGGUGGAGGUGUGCAAGCCGGAGCUGACGGCUGCGCUGCGGGAGAUCCGCACCCAGUACGAGAGCAUCGCUGUCAAGAACCUGCAGGAAGCCGAGGAGUGGUACAAGUCAAAGUUUGCCGACCUCUCGGAUGCAGCAAACCGUAACCACGAGGCGCUGCGGUUGGCCAAGCAGGAGAUGAACGAGUCCCGCCGGCAGAUCCAGAGCCUGACCUGCGAGGUGGACGGGCUGAAGGGCGUGGUGAGAGCCGGGGGGUGUUCGCGGGGGGGUGCAAGGACCAGACCCCACCCCGGCCCUUUGCAGCCCCUUCUCCCCCUGCAGAACGAGGCGCUGCAGCGGCAGAUGCGGGAGAUGGAGGAUGAGUUCGGGGAGGAGAUCGGGAACUACCAGGAUGUGGUGGGGAGGCUGGAGCAGGAGAUCCAGCAGAUGAAGGAGGAGAUGGCGCGGCACCUGCGCGAGUACCAGGACCUGCUGAACGUCAAGAUGGCCCUGGACAUCGAGAUUGCCACGUACCGCAAGCUGCUGGAGGGCGAGGAGAGCCGGAUCACCAUCCCACUGCACCCCACCACCUCCUUCAGCAUGAGGAGCUCAGUGCUGGAGCCCCAGCCUGCGGAGAGCCCGGCACGGAGGAUGGUGCUCAUCAAAACCAUCGAGACACGGGAUGGGCAGCAAGUGGUGACGGAGUCGCACAAGGAGCGAGCGGGGAAGUGACAGGGAGGAGCCGCUGCGAUGGCCCCGACCCCAUGGUGGGGGUUCUGCCAGACCCUGCUGCGUCCUGGGCGGGGCACGGAGCAGAGCAGGGCGCCUGGGAGUGCCCCAAUUCCUAUUCCUGCUGUCAGCACCACGGGACAACGCUGUGGUGUGUCCCUGUGCCUUUGCAGUGUGUCCCUGUGCCUUGUCCCCCCACUAUUUAUCGCUA